CUUCACAGCUCACAGUCUCUCAUGUUCGUCAAUCGUGUUCGUUGGUAUUCGUGUUGUGUCGUCGCCGUUGCGUGAGCAAUAUAUAGUCAAUCAUGGGGAACUCCGAUGUAGAAUGCGUCAAUGAUUCGAGAAAAGAUCCAGGCGAAGUCGCAGCUUCGGAAGUUCCAACAGAGCAGCGAAAAAAGAAAAAGAGGAAACAUAAACAACAUCAUAAACACAAAAAAGAUAAGGUAGCCGAUCGAAUUGAUACAAAAACAGAUAAACAGGAAAAAAAGAAACAUAAAAAACGUAAGCGGUCUAAAAAAACUAAAGAAAAUGAAGAGAACGCUAAUGGAGCGGUUAUCAAUAAAAUUGUUACACAAAUUGUUAAUCAGAAGGAAAUUAAUGGUAAGGUUAAUAAUUCGGUGCUCGAAAUUGGCGAAACCGAAGACAGCGAAGAGGAAAAGUUAGUUGAUUUAGAUUCUGACGAAGUCGAUUGUACUAUUAUCGAAGAUGAUAUAGAUUUAGAAGAGCUAAUGAAACAAAAGGAACGUCUUCAAGCAUGUUUGGUACAGUACCUGUCCGAUGAGUCCGAUAAGGAUGAGAAAGAUGGAGAGCGGAAUAAAAAACCAGAAAUGCCUGACGUUAUACUCGUUGAGGAUAGUGGAGACGAGACUCAACCACGAAAGAAACGCCGUAGAAGCUCAUCGGGGAGUAGAGAGCACAGAAAAACCUUAAAAACCGAUAGACGUGUUGUUGUUGAUAUGGGUAGAGUAGAAAAGAGGAGUAUUCACGAAUCUGACAGACGUAGGGACUCUGAUAGGAAGCGAGAUGAGAAGCCAAGAAGCAGAGAUGAAAUAAAAAGAGACGAGAGACAAAAUAAGAAAAUAUUUGAAAAAUCUAAAGAUGACAGCAGAAAGGAUGAUUCUAUUAGGAAGAAACUGGAGGACGAUAGGCGCAAAGAAGCUAAUAAAAAAGAUGAAUUACGGAGAAGAGAACACGAGAAGAGGGAGGACGAGCGGAAGCGCGAGUUGGAAAAAAGCAGUGGAAGUGCGCGAGCCAACCACGAGUCAAAGCAGAAGGAGAUGGUGCGCUCGUCGAGGCGCGACAGCAGUCGAGACCGACAUCUCAAUCACGACUUACGAGGACGUGAGCGGCGAGACAGCAGGGAUCGACACCGGGAUAGGAGCAGAGACCGGAUCGAUUCACGCAGGAAUCAUGACAGACGAGAUAGAUCGCGUAGUUGCAGAAGGUCCAGGAGCCUCGGAAGGCCAAGGGACCGAAGCGAUCGUUACAGAAGAUCGAGAUCGCACUCACGAGGUGCUCGCAGGGAUCGUGACAGACACGGUAGGGAUCAUGAUCGGGAUCGCGAAAAGAACGGCAAGCGCGAACGUAACGAUAAAUUUAAGGAUUCUUUGUCCGAGGGUCUAAAGAUUGAUCGCUCGGAAAGCUCGAGCGAGGAGGACAUCAAGGACAUUGAUAUAGAAGAGGAUGAAGACGAGGAGGCAAUUAUUGAGCGACGCAGGAAACAGAGGGAGGAAUUACUAAAGAGAUUAGGGGCACCAAACGAAGAUUCAAAUUUCUCGUCGGAUUUGAACGUCACGAGGUCACCGCCAUCCGAAAGACAAUCCAAUACAUCAAGUAAGUCAGCGGAGCCUUUGUUAAAUAAUAAUAAUGGAUCUGCCUCGGAAAGUCAUACGCCACCACUACCGGAUAGAAGGAGGAGAUCCAAAGGUGAUGAAAAAGUCAGUAGCGAGAAGCAGGAUGAGAUUAAGGCGAACGAGAAGAAGCUGGAAGACAAACAGAAUUCGAAGAAAUCCAAUGAAUGGGAUAUGUUCGCAGAGGUUGAUAACAUCGGUGACUUUAAUAGUCCAACAGUAGAAGGUGGUAAGCGUCAAGGUGGGCCUGACAAUCCAAGUUUAACCGAUAAUUGGGACGAUGCCGAAGGCUAUUAUAGAGUUCGCGUUGGCGAAACCUUAGACUCCCGAUAUAUUGUUUAUGGUUACACGGGACAGGGUGUUUUUAGUAAUGUUGUUAGAGCGAGAGAUACAGCUCGGGGUAAUUUAGACGUCGCUGUUAAAAUAAUUAGGAAUAACGAAAUAAUGCACAAAACAGGCCUUAAAGAAUUAGAAAUUCUUCGAAAAUUAAAUGACGCUGAUGCAGAGGACAGAUUCCAUUGUUUAAGAUUAUUUAGGCAUUUCUUUCAUAAGAAUCAUUUAUGUAUGGUUUUUGAAUCAUUAGCGAUGAAUUUAAGAGAAGUACUAAAGAAAUAUGGGAAAGACGUUGGUUUGCAUGUUAAAGCUGUUAGAUCGUAUACCCAACAAUUGUUCUUAGCACUAAAGCUUCUUAAAAGAGCAAAUAUUUUACAUGCUGAUAUUAAACCAGAUAAUAUUCUAGUCAGCGAAAGUAAGCUAGUACUAAAAUUAUGUGAUUUUGGUUCUUCGUCAUUCGCUCAUGAGAACGAUGUCACCCCUUACCUCGUCUCAAGAUUCUAUCGGUCACCAGAAAUUAUUCUUGGUAUACCUUAUGAUUUCGGCAUCGAUAUGUGGUCUGUCGGAUGCACAAUCUAUGAACUUUACACUGGUAAAAUUAUGUUUUCGGGCAAAACAAAUAACCAAAUGUUGAAGUUCUUCAUGGAUUUAAAGGGAAAAAUGCCUAAUAAGCUCAUCAGGAAGGGCCAAUUCAAGGAUAAGCAUUUUGACACAAACUGCAAUUUUCUAUACCAAGAAGUAGAUAGAGUCACAGAACGGGAAAAAGUGGUCCAAAUGUCAACGCUCCCAGCAACGCGCGACCUUGGUGUUGAAUUAGGUGGGAGCUCGUUGCCCCCGGAACAAGCCCGCAAAGUUGCACAACUCAAGGACCUGCUUGAGCGCACGCUCAUGCUGGACGCCGGCAAGAGGAUAACCGUCAAUCACGCGCUGGCGCAUCCCUUUAUACAAGAAAAGAUCUAGAUCGGUCUUCACGACUUGAAUCAUCGGUUAGUGCGAGUGGACCUUUACAUGGGCCUUUAGCUGUUCCCGUUGCAAGCCCUCCCUGAGCGGAGGGGAGAGAUGGAAGAGAAAGAAAGAGAGAAAGAGAGAAAGAGAAAGAGAGAAAGAAAAAUGAAAGAAAAUAAUGGAUUUUUGAGAAUAAUGAGAUGAAAUGGAUCAAGUUGAGCGUUUAAAGCUGCAUUAGACUCCCAACUGCCUAAAUACAACCAUCUACAAUUCAAAAUUGUGUUAAAUGUCGCUCUCUACGCGCUAAAGAGUAUUAGUAAGUAUGACUUGUGGGGCAGGUAAGGUGUGAAUUACUAGAAGUAAACACUUUGAUCUAAUUACUUCCUAAUGAAGUAACCUUUCCAUAGGCUCUCACUACUCAUUAGCGUUUAUUUAAUAAACAUAUCUAUGAAGUUUCAGGUAUCAUUGUUCGAUUAACGAGAAGAAUUUCUUAAUCAAAACUUAAUCAUUUUACUAUCACGAAAUUGAAAUAUGUGCCGUGUAUGAAAUUAGAAAAGUCACAUAGCCAUACAAGACCUCAGUAUUUGUUUUAAAUGCAAGAAUAAUGGUAA